UCUUCCUACACCAUGACCCCCAACAGGUUGUCGUUUUCAUAAACAAUUCUAGGAAAUAAAUUUGUACAAAUUAGCUAACCAUGUCAAUAUGGAAGAUAUUAUUAAUCUUUAGUAGAUCUUGAAAAAUAAUUUAGGGAUCUUGAUUGUAUCAGGCUCCUAUAAGGAAUCAAUUACCAAAUAUUUUAUUUUCUCUAGCUAUCCUGUCCUUCCACCUCUAUAAUCUCAAUUCUUCUUCCUCCUCCCUCUCAACCUUCUUCCUUCUCUUGACAUCUUACCUAUGAAGCCAAACCAAAAACUGAGGGAAUCACCAUCAUCACCGUGGCGGCGAUUUUUCUGUUUCGGGUGUUUGUCGAGAAGGUCAGCAAGGAAAAAGCUCGAGGGUUUAAGACCUGAUGACAACAGAGAGUGGGGAAAGAGCCCGGAGAUUCUUACAGAUUUCAGUACUUUCUCAUUGAAGGAGCAGCAGCUGAAGCUGAAGAAGGCGAUGGAGGAGGAGGAGAAGGCGAGCAGGGAGGCUGCGAGCGUGGUUGAGUGGGUGAAGCAGGCGUCGGCAAGGAUGGAUGUUUCUGCAGUUGAUGAGUUGUUACUGAGUGAAGAUGAAAAAUAGUAUGAGAAAGAAAGGUUAGAAACUGUGAUCUGUAUGCAAAAGAACAUAAAACUGAGAAAUUUUGAUAUUUCAUUUAUAUGCAUGUCAUGUUGGGAGAA